UGUGUCGACCCUAACAAUGUACGACCUAGAAAAACCCUUAUAUUCUGGAUUGGUAAUGAGCUUGUUUAUCUUAAACCUAAAUACGUCAAUUCCGGCCAGCAAAGGACUGCAAGCAGCUUACUGGAAGCAGCAUAUCAUGCCACAUGGCCGGAAGAUUUUCUUCAUACGCUUAGCAAAUCAAUUAGAACGGGGAAUGAUUGCGCCAGUGCCCAGAUCGACCUUGUUUUCCUGAUUGAUUCAUCCGGAAGUGUUGAAGAGCCUAACUUUAAUAAGACAAAAAACUUCUUGGAAAAUAUUGUGCGUAAUCUAGACAUUGGUCCAGAUAAGACACGUGUUGCAGUGAUUAGAUUUUCAAGUUUUUCUCUUGUGUCAUUUUCCUUAAGUGCCCACAGUACGAACUCUGCAGUAAUAAAGGCUAUUGACGCUAUAAGUUAUGAUGAUGGUAGUAGUACUGCUACGGGCUUGGCUCUUGACGAAGUACGUACCAGUGUCUUUACAAAUACAAGAAAAUCUGCUGCUGCAAAAGUUUUAGUUUUGGUCACAGAUGGACAGUCAGAUAAUGAAAUUAGAACAGUAGCGGCAGCUCAGAAACUGAAAGAUGCUGGCGUCACUAUAUUUACAAUUGGAGUUGCCAAUCCAAGAGUGUCUGAGUUAACUGCAGCAGCAAGUGAACCCAGUUGUACACAUUUCAUCAACUUGAAAGAUUAUAAUGAGAUUGGUUUUAUUGUGAGGGAAAUUGAAUCUGAUUCCUGUGAAGCUCCGGCCGUUGUUGAAGAACACACUCAGUUACGCAAUGUCGCCAUUCCUAAAACUAACGAGACAAAACAACAAGUCCUGCAGAUCACCAACACGACAAAGUCCGCCUUGGGUACAACAGUUGUGGUGAAGGUCCAGUGUGGUGUGGUCACUGUGUAAAUGCUUCAUUUCA